CAACAUCGACCUUCAGGAUUUUCCUGAGAGAAUGCUAUUUGACUAUGGCAACCCUUCUAGGACGAACAUCAGCGUUUCAAGGACAGUUGAGCAGGACUUAUCUUAGGGUUGGUACUAAGACAAGUAUUCAAACGGUAUUACUUGUUCACAACAACGUGAAAAUGCCCUCACUUUGGACGGGUAUCACGUCUUCGUUAAAACCAUUCUCGAAUCUGUCGCUAGGUAAAACAUCAACAUCGAAUGCCGUUGAAGAGCCACUUGCGCUUCCUACAAGUGGAUUCACAACCAUCAACGUCGAUCAGCUUGUUGAAGAGGAGGAGUUGCCUGACUACCGAGCUGAUCGAUUCUAUCCUGUUCAACUGGGUGAUAUUUUCCAAAACCGUUACCAAGUAGUUACGAAGCUCGGUUUUGGUACUUCCUCGACUACUUGGCUGGCUCGAAAAUGAGCCUGGUAAGUCAUUCUCCGAGUGGUCAUCGGAAUCAAGAGAAAAGCGUGGCAUGAUGGCGGAAACCGCCAGGGCGGAGAUCAACGCAGUUCAAUUAAGUAGCUGUAAACUCUUGCGUCUCUUGUUCUCUCUAAUCUUUCUUAUUGGCUUGUAGAGGAGGUGUCAGUAGCUAAAUUAACCCAGCAGCUUGGAUGCACUAAGAAAGAGGAGAUCGGAGUGAAAAUAGGUCG